AUGGCAUCCUCACGCACUCUCGCCAGGCCUUGGUCUUCGGAAGGCAUGGAGCAGGCGGCCGAGGGAACCAGAACCAUCUCCGAAUCAAGAGGUCCUGCAUGCCCUGUACAUGUCUCAACGACUUCAUCCUUGCGCAACGCCAACCAACGACUCGGACCAUGCGCCUCGCUCACGGUUUGGUGGGACGAGCCCGAAGACCAAGACGCCGAGAAUCCCAUCAACUGGCCGGCGACCAAAAAAUGGGCCAACAUUCUGACGAUUUCUGCCACGAGUUUCCUGGUACCGCUCGUGUCGUCGGUAGUCGCGCCGGCGGCGGAACUCAUAUCGGCCCAUUUCCACACCAGCUCAACGACGUUUCCGACCUUUGUCCUGUCGAUAUUCGUGCUAGGCUUCGCCUUUGGACCGCUUCUUCUUGCGCCGCUCAGCGAGCUGUAUGGCCGCGUCAUUGUCUACCACGCAACGAAUGUGCUGUUCGUUGUAUUCACCGUCUUGUGCGCCCUCUCACAAAAUGAAGCGACGCUCCUCAGCUUUCGGUUUCUAUCUGGCUUCGCAGGCGUGGCCACCAUAUCGAUAGGUCCCGCAAGCAUCGCAGACAUGAUGCCUCGGGAGAAGAGGGGAAAGGCCGUGUCGCUCUGGGCCGUUGGCACUGUUGUUGGUCCCAUGAUCGGUCCCGUCAUCGGUGGUUAUGUGGCAGAGGUGCUUGGCUGGAGAUGGAUCUUCUGGAUCAUCUCCAUUACAGCCGGACUUGUCACAAUCAUUGCUCUGGCCGUCCUGAGGGAAACGUAUCCUCCGGUGCUGCUAGAGAGGAAGGCAAGUCGGCUUAGGAAAGAUACGGGAAACCCCAACUACCGAUCCAAGCUCGCUCCUGAUCUGAGUCUUCAAGCGCUCGUCAUACGAAGCAUCUUGCGACCUUGCAAAAUGCUCAUACUGUGUCCCAUUGUCACAGCCUGUUGCGUCUACGUUUGUAUUCUAUACAGCAUCAUGUACAUAUUUUUCUCGACCUUGUCCAUCAUAUUCAAAGAGGCCUACGGCUUCUCAACCUUUGCCUCUGGGCUAGUCUUUAUUGCCUGUGGCCUCGGGACCUUGUCGGGACUCGUCUACCUUGGAUACUUCAGCGACAAGACGAUAAAGAAACGCGCCGGCACCGGAAGACGGAUUACGCCCGAGGACCGCCUUCCCUUCCUGGUCACAAUCCCCGGCGGCCUGAGCUUCUCACUAGGGAUAUUUUUGUAUGGAUGGGGAGUGGAAAAGCAUCUUCACUGGAUGAUUCCUCAAGUUGGGACAGCCAUGACAGGGUUCGGCUACAUUCUAAUAUUCACGGCCAUCCAAACGUAUCUGCUCGAUGCCUUCGAGCAUCACGCUGCCAGCGUCAAUGGCGCUAAUGCGGCACUCAGGGGCCUCGCUGGGGCCUUGAUUCCUCUCAGCGGCCUGAAUAUGUACAAGGCAUUGGGAUGGGGUUGGGGAAACUCGUUGCUGGCUUUCGUCGCACUUGCACUCACGCCACUUCUCUGGGUCUUUGCCGUGUACGGCGCGAGGAUUCGGGCAGCGAGGCUCUUCAGAUACAAGUUUUAA